CUUGUCGCUGACGAUAUUUUUUGGAUUUUCUAUGGAUGCUCUUUAUUAUCAGAGGAACGCAUGACCAAAUCAAAAGAGAAACAUUAAAUAUUUUACUGAACGUGGCGUUAUAUAUCCAUUCCUGUAGUGGAUAGGAGGUCUUCUUAUUUUUUAGCGGCGUUAAUACUAAAACCGAAUUGGAUCGGUGUGUCAGCAGACAUGUCAUUCCCUCAUCUGAACCAGGUAGCCCAGUUGCCCCCUGGCAUUUCCCCCACACAGUUUGCUGGGUUUCCCACCACUGUUCCUACAGCAAAUCCGAUAAUCCCAGUCCCUGUGGGAAUGAUGACUCCUUUUCCAGCGGUUUUGGUACAAACUGCAGUGCCAGUGGUUCAGAAGCUGACUAAGGACUCCAUUGGCACCCGCAACAAGGACUCGGAGGAAGGUACAGGUAACAACACAGGACUGACCACCACAGUGUUUGUGGGAAACAUCUCAGAAAAGGCCUCUGACAUGUUGGUGCGGCAGUUAUUGGCGAAAUGUGGUUUAGUCCUCAGCUGGAAAAGAGUCCAGGGGGCUUCUGGAAAACUGCAAGCUUUUGGUUUCUGUGAGUACAAAGAGCCAGAGUCCACGCUGAGAGCUCUCCGACUGCUUCAUGAGCUGCAAGUGGGUGAUAAGAAGUUACUUGUGAAGGUGGAUGCAAAGACCAAAGCACAGCUGGAUACCUGGAAGGCCAGUCAGAGGAGACGAAAUGGGAGCGGGCAAACCUGCGUCACACCCGAUGACACACCUUCCUCCCAGCCAAUCAGAAGCUCCGCCUUCGUGGGUUUGUUUCGAUGA